AUGGUUUAUAUUAAUAACAAACACGAAUUUAUUACAAAAGUUUCGCAAUUGUAUAGUGAAAAUAAGGAUAAACAUUCUGUAUGGAUGACUUUUAAAAAGUUCACACCAAAGGAACAAAAGCCAAAAUCUGAAAAACAACAACAUUUUGAUAGUUUAAAAAAGAGUUCAAGUGGAAUCAAAAAGAAAUCUUCAGCAAACAAAUUAAAUGAAGGAUGUUUAAUUAGAGUAACAAAUGGUAAAGAUAAGAAAUUUUCCACAAUUGUAUUAAAUAAGGAUUUGGCCACAUUCCAAUCCACUUUAUUUAACAUUUUGAGAGAUCACAUGACCUCCACAUUGAAACAACCAUCAAUAACAGCUGCUGCUGCCACUCCAGUUCCAGUAACAAGCAGUGCAACCAAGAAGGAUAAUACUGAUAAAAAGAAGAAGAAGAAAAAGACUGAUCUUUAA